AUGUCCGGAGAGAAGAUUCUCGAAGGCGUCUUUGCCGUCCAUAAGCCACAAGGCGUCACCUCGGCCGACGUGAUCCGCACCCUCCAAAAACACUUCAACCCCUCGAAAACAUUCCAGCCAUGGUUAAAGUCAGAGCGUGAACGCCGCGACCGCGAAAGCCAAUUCCAGCGCAAACGCCGCCGCCAUCAGCGCCUAGAUGUCAAGAUCGGCCACGGCGGAACCUUAGACCCGCUCGCGACGGGCGUGCUCAUCACCGGCAUUGGCAAGGGUACGAAGUCGCUGCAGGACUUCCUGGCUUGUACAAAGAGCUAUGAGACAGUGGUUGGGUUCGGAGCUGAGACGGAUACCUACGAUCGCCUGGGAAAGAUUGUUCGUCGCGCUCCUCACGAACAUGUCACUCGUGAAGCCGUGGACAAGGCGCUUGCCCAAUUCCGUGGCAAGAUUAUGCAGCAGCCGCCAAUUUUCUCGGCGCUGCGGGUUGAUGGCAAGAAGCUCUAUGAGUAUGCGCGUGAGGGUAAGAUGCCGCCCAUCGAGAUUAAGCAUCGCCCUGUUGAGGUUUUGGAAAUGGAGAUUGUGGAGUGGUAUGAGCCUGGUACGCAUGAGUUCAAGGUCCCUGAGCUGGAGAUGACCGGCGACGAGAAGAUCGUUGCCGAGAAGCUUCUUGAUAAGGAUGCUGCGGAACCUACUGCUCCAUCGGCCGAGGCCGAGGUUGCUGGCCAAGAGGCUGAAGCUUCAUCUUCCACCAAGCGCAAGUCGCCACCUCCUGCGGAUGAGGUGAAGGAGGACAGCGCCGAGGCUAGCAAGAAGCAAAAGGUGUCUGAGACCGAGGCGGUGCCCGCUCCGUCCGAGGCCGCUACUGAGCCUGCGGCCACAGAGACUCCUGCAGCUUCUGCAGAGCAGACGAAGACACAGACUCCGGCUGUGAAGAUUAAGAUGACCGUCACUUCGGGAUUCUAUGUUCGCUCGCUGGCACACGACCUUGGCAAAGCUGUCGGCAGCUCUGCGUACAUGAGCGAGUUGAUCCGGAGCCGCCAGGGUGACUAUGAGCUUGACUCCGAGAAGGUUCUGGAGUACAAGGACCUCGAGGCUGGUGAGGAAGUCUGGGGCCCCAAGGUCGCCAAAUUCUUGGGAGAGUGGGAAGAGAAGAGAGCCACUGCCGCCGAGGCUGAAGCCGCUCAGCAAUAG